UGCAUCUAUAGACUGAAAAAUACUUGUAUAAACUAUAGACUGACAAAUACUUGUAUCACCAACAGACUAAAAAAUACUUGUAUCAUCUACAGAGCAAUAUGCAAGGUAUAAUAUCAAAAUGUCUGGCAUUCAGCUUCCUUUUAACUUGUAUCUAUGGUAACACAUUAACUGAAGACACCUUUCUUAGUGGGCCUACAAAUAUAAAUGGUACAGAAGGAAAGACUAUUACAAUACCAUAUGUCUUGAAUACAAACAUCAAAAAAAGAGAAAACUACAAAGUAACUUGGCUGAAAGAUGGACAAAUUGUUGACAAAAAUGAUGGUCAUAUCCGAACCAAUGAAGACAACAGGAAGUUUUCACUAACAAUAUACCCUCUUCAACGCAGUGAUGAAGGAAAAUAUAAGCUUAAGCUUGGUGAACUAAUUUCGCAGGAAACAGUUCUGAACAUCAUUGAAAUACCAUCAUCAAAAUAUCCAAGACUUGAACUGGAAAAACUAAAUGACCAACUCAAUGUUUACUGUAUUUCAGAGAAUACAUCACCACAUCCAAAGUUCUCAAUCAAUGAAGAAGAACUGAGGUUUUAUGAAAAUCCUACCUAUAUUUGGGUAAAUAAAACAGUACUCAUCACAGAUGACAUGCCAAAAGAAUCCUACACUUGUGUACUGGAACUCAGAGAUUAUUAUAAACUUUUUGCUAUUAUAACUGGAAUAGAAAUAACCACAUAUUUAAGAAAUAUCACAUAUGGAAGCACCUGUCCCAUUGAAAAAACCGAAAGCCCGGUAAUGAAUUUCCCAUUCAAAUUUUUAUUAUUAGUAUUUGUAUUAUUAUUAGUAUUUAAGAUGUUAGCUAUUUGAUAAAGAAAAGAUUAAGAAAAAACCUCUACAUCAACGAUCUACCACAGUCUGUUUAGCAUGUAAAUGUAAGUAUGUACGCAG